AUGCCCCGCCGUAGCGGUGCUUCUACGCAGUCAGACGACACCGCAACCACGACAACCCUGCCGGUGAAGGUCCAGUGGCCGUCGACAUUCACAGAUGGCUUGCCUCUACCAAAAAUAGUCGUAUUCGACCUCGACUACACUUUAUGGCCAUUCUGGGUAGAUACGCACGUCUCAGGGCCUCUGAAGGCGACAGAGGGUGGGCUGAAGGUGAAGGACCGUUUUGGAGAGGCCUAUGGCUUCUAUAACGACGUAGGCGGGGUGUUGGAAGCUCUCAAGGCCAAGAAUAUUCUGAUUGGCGCUGCCUCGCGCACGCACGCACCUGACCUCGGCCGCGAAAUGCUGAAGCUCCUCAAGAUCCCCAGCUCAUCUGGUUCCUCGACCCGCGCAUUAGACUAUUUCGAUCAUCUGCAAAUAUACCCCGGCAACAAGACAACACAUUUCGAACGCAUACACAGGGACAGUGGGAUAGAGUACGACGAGAUGCUGUUCUUCGACGAUGAAAGUAGGAAUAAGAAUGUGGAAGUGCUGGGUGUGACAAUGAAGCUCGUGCCACGUGGUGUGACAAGAGACGUUAUAGACGAGGGUGUCAGAGGGUGGAGGAAGAGACACGGGCGAGAGCACGCCUAG